UUAAGUGACUCAAGUGAGGAAGUUUGACAACACUGUCCUGUCAUGUUCUCAUGUCACCCAUGUGUAUGUCAACCGCGUCAAUAAUACGAAAACAUAAACAAAUCGAAGCAAUGGAUACCGACAAAAUUUCAUUGGCAAAUAAAUUGAUUCAACUGUCUCUGGUGCCUGAAUUGAUUACAGACAUCGAUACGCAACAAAUCGAAGCUGCACAUUUCGAACAGUUCAAAGAAAUACUCGAUGAAAAACUUAAUCUUCUCUUCGAUCUAAUUCAGCUAUACGAAAACGACCUGUUCGAGAAAACUGCAGCGACACAAAUUUUUCGUAAAAGCUUAGUGAUUCUACUGUGCGAACAAUCGGCUGAUAAUGUUCCCUUCAAAACGGACCAAGUGAUGCUGCAACAAAAUAUCACAAAUUUGACCGAAAAAUGGUUUCGUGUAGUUGUAGAUGAACGAUGCCUUCUCGAACUGGUGCUGCAGCACUACAAAGCGCUCAUCAAAGUCAAUGUGUGGAAGAAGAACAUUGGUGCAAUUUUUGGCUUCCAUCGGUUUUGUCAGUUAUACUACAGGUCAACCAGCUUGUUGCAAAUGAGCGAAGUGUUUUUCGUAUUGGCAACGGGAACGUUACUGUUGGAGCACUAUGAACCGAAAUACAAGCAAUUGGGCAUCGAUCUGUACAAUAUUCUGAUGGCAUUCUCGAACAAAUCGGACCUCAUUUCCGCCAACAUCCACCAUGCUGUCUACGCUACCUGUUCAGCUAAUAUUCCGAAAAUUCAAGACCAUCAAAUUAGUCUGAAAUUGUGGAAAUGUUUGCAUAGAUGCUUGGAACUCGAUGAUUCGUGGAAACGCACAUCCGAUUGGCAUAAAGUUGACGAGCUGAUGAUCGAUCUGCUGAAACGUAUUGCCUUCGAGGGAAACAUAUCCCGAUCUACGAUUCUGUUUCAUUUUGCUGCCAAAUUUGGAACAUUGCCUUACCGUUCAUCUAUUGUCAACGACCUGAACAAAUGGCUUGACGAAGGGGGAAUGGAGCGCAGAUCGAUGGUUGACAUCGAUUGGAGGGCUCUUCGUAGCGAGUAUAGAAACAUUGACAGUUUUAUCAUCUACAAAUGGGUCAAGAAAAUGUUGCUUCUGAUCAGCAAUCAGAAUAUGUUCUAUGGUGACGACUAUGACGUUGCGUGUAACUUGCAAGCCAUCCACGUAACAUACAUCGUUUGGAUCUUUUCGAUACCGUUGACGCUCAUAUCAUCGCCCGUAUUGGAUAUGCUCACGAAAUUCGUUCCCACGUUACUCGAUUGCUACCGACGGUACGAAACGAAAGAACUGGUUGCCAUUGAAAUUCGUCAGCUGUUCAACACAUUCCAGGAACAUUUUCAGUUUGGUGAUGUGAGUUCGGAUUCAAAAAAUGUUGGGCUUGCGAAAAGAUUGGAAACUUUGCUGGUGAUUAAGGGUUCCAUCCUGUGAAUCGA